UAGAUUACUCAUGUUGAUUUUGUUCACAUCAGGUCGAGAUCUUUGUGGGGAUGUGAAGCCCUCCAGUGGCGGGUUAGUGUACAGGUGUACAUCCACAUCUUCUCUGGAUGAUAUCUGUCGGACAAACAUAUACUCCAACCUUACAUGCUCCCUCAUAGAGCCUAACUCCAACCCAGCUCCACAACAACUUAAGACAAAUUCCUGCAGCAGCCAGUUUUUUGCCACAAGAAUUAAUAUUACCAGUGCUUUUGUUACCAUUGAUCUCCUAAAAAGAAUGUUGCUGACACUUGGAGCAGCCAGCAAAUGUAAAACAAUGUCAUCUUCAAUGUGCCAAGAUUCUGAGAUUUCAAAGAGCUACCAGGGCGCUCAUCUGGAAUGCCAUGGGAAUAAACAGAGGUUGUACAGCUGCAUGGUGAUACUGGUGAUGUCUGGCCCUGUCAAUAGCUGCUCCCUGAAUAAACUUAUGCAACAACUCAUUGAUAGCAACAUUGGCAUAACAAAUGAAAAGCCACUUACACGCAUGGUGGCCUGUGGUGGUCCUGGUUUGCCUGUCAGUGCUCUGUUGGCGUCCAACCUGACCUGGGUUGCCAGUGACCUGCUGACCUCUGAUGUCUGUCAGUCUGACCCCACUCUGCUUAAAUGUGAGGCAAAUGAGACGCUUGCUGUACUUCUGUCUGACAGCUGCCCUCCCACAACCAAGCAAAGCACAACACAGGCUCCCACUCUGACCAGCAGAAAUGAUACAACUGAGUACAAUAUAACCAGAGUUACACCUUCUCCAGAUCACACAAAAGAGCACAAUGUAACCAGAGAUGCACCUUCUCCCGUUCACAUAACAGAGCACAAUGUAACCAGAGUUACACCUUCAGAUCACACAACAGAGCACAAUGUAACCAGAGAUGCACCUUCUCCCGUUCACAUAACAGAGCACAAUGUAACCAGAGUUAAACCUUCAGAUCACACAACAGAGCACAAUGUAACCAGAGAUGCACCUUCUCCCGUUCACACAACAGAGCACAAUGUAACCAGAGUUACACCUUCUCCCGUUCACAUAACAGAGCACAAUGUAACCAGAGAUGCACCUCCAGAUCACAUAACAAAGCAUAAUGUAACCAGAGUUACACCUCCAGAUCACACAACAGAGCACAAUGUAACCAAAGUUACACCUCCAGAUCACACAACAAAGCACAAUGUAACCAGAGUUACACCUCCAGAUCACACAACAGAGCACAAUGUAACCAGAGAUGCACCUUCUCCCGUUCACACAACAGAGCACAAUGUAACCAGAGUUACACCUCCAGAUCACACAACAGAGCACAAUGUAACCAGAGUUACACCUUCAGAUAACACAACAGAGUACAAUGUAACCAGAGAUACACCUCCAGAUAACACAACAGAGUACAAUGUAACCAGAGUUACACCUCCAGAUAACACAACAGAGUACAAUGUAACCAGAAUUACACCUCCAGAUAACACAACAGAGUACAAUGUAACCAGAGUUACACCUCCAGAUAACACAACAAAGUACAAUGUAACCAGAGUUACACCUCCAGAUAACACAACAGAGCACAAUGUAACCAGAGAUGCACCUUCUCCCGUUCACACAACAGAGCACAAUGUAACCAGAGAUGCACCUCCAGAUCACACAACAGAGUACAAUGUAACCAGAGUUACACCUCCAGAUAACACAACAGAGUACAAUGUAACCAGGGUUACACCUCCAGAUAACACAACAGAGCACAAUGUAACCAGAGAUGCACCUCCAGAUAACACAACAGAGUACAAUGUAACCAGGGUUACACCUCCAGAUAACACAACAGAGUACAAUGUAACCAGAGUUACACCUCCAGAUAACACAACAGAGUACAAUGUAACCAGGGUUACACCUCCAGAUCGCACAUCAGAGUACAAUGUAACCAGAGUUACACCUCCAGAUAACACAACAGAGCACAAUGUAACCAGAGAUGCACCUUCUCCCAUUCACACAACAGAGCACAAUGUAACCAGAGUUACACCUCCAGAUAACACAACAGAGCACAAUGUAACCAGAGUUACACCUUCUCCCGUUCACACAACAGAGCACAAUGUAACCAGAGAUGCACCUUCUCCCGUUCACACAACAGAGCACAAUGUAACCAGAGUUACACCUCCAGAUAACACAACAGAGCACAAUGUAACCAGAGAUGCACCUUCUCCCGUUCACACAACAGAGCACAAUGUAACCAGAGUUACACCUCCAGAUAACACAACAGAGCACAAUGUAACCAGAGUUACACCUUCUCCCGUUCACACAACAGAGCACAAUGUAACCAGAGUUACACCUUCUCCCGUUCACACAACAGAGCACAAUGUAACCAGAGAUGCACCUCCAGAUCACACAACAGAGUACAAUGUAACCAGAGUUACACCUCCAGAUAACACAACAGAGUACAAUGUAACCAGGGUUACACCUCCAGAUAACACAACAGAGCACAAUGUAACCAGAGAUGCACCUCCAGAUAACACAACAGAGUACAAUGUAACCAGGGUUACACCUCCAGAUAACACAACAGAGUACAAUGUAACCAGAGUUACACCUCCAGAUAACACAACAGAGUACAAUGUAACCAGGGUUACACCUCCAGAUCGCACAUCAGAGUACAAUGUAACCAGAGUUACACCUCCAGAUAACACAACAGAGCACAAUGUAACCAGAGAUGCACCUUCUCCCAUUCACACAACAGAGCACAAUGUAACCAGAGUUACACCUCCAGAUAACACAACAGAGCACAAUGUAACCAGAGUUACACCUUCUCCCGUUCACACAACAGAGCACAAUGUAACCAGAGAUGCACCUUCUCCCGUUCACACAACAGAGCACAAUGUAACCAGAGUUACACCUCCAGAUAACACAACAGAGCACAAUGUAACCAGAGAUGCACCUUCUCCCAUUCACACAACAGAGCACAAUGUAACCAGAGUUACACCUCCAGAUAACACAACAGAGCACAAUGUAACCAGAGUUACACCUUCUCCCGUUCACACAACAGAGCACAAUGUAACCAGAGAUGCACCUUCUCCCGUUCACACAACAGAGCACAAUGUAACCAGAGUUACACCUCCAGAUAACACAACAGAGCACAAUGUAACCAGAGAUGCACCUUCUCCCGUUCACACAACAGAGCACAAUGUAACCAGAGUUACACCUCCAGAUAACACAACAGAGCACAAUGUAACCAGAGUUACACCUUCUCCCGUUCACACAACAGAGCACAAUGUAACCAGAGUUACACCUUCUCCCGUUCACACAACAGAACAAAAUGUAACCAGAGUUACACCUUCUCCCGUUCACACAACAGAGCACAAUGUAACCAGAGUUACACCUUCUCCCGUUCACACAACAGAACAAAAUGUAACCAGAGAUGCACCUUCUCCUGUUCACACAACAGAACACAAUGUAACCAGAGAUGCACCUUCUCCUGUUCACACAACAGAACACAAUGUAACCAGAGAUGCACCUCCAGAUCACACAACAGAGCACAAUGUAACCAGAGUUACACCUUCUCCCGUUCACACAACAGAACACAAUGUAACCAGAGUUACACCUUCUCCCGUUCACACAACAGAGCACAAUGUAACCAGAGAUGCACCUCCAGAUCACACAACAGAGCACAAUGUAACCAGAGAUGCACCUCCAGAUCACACAACAGAGCACAAUGUAACCAGAGUUAAACCUCCAGAUCACACAACAGCGCACAAUGUAACCAGAGUUACACCUUCUCCCGUUCACACAACAGAGCACAAUGUAACCAGAGAUGCACCUUCUCCCGUUCACACAACAGAACACAAUGUAACCAGAGAUGCACCUUCUCCUGUUCAGACAACAGCGCACAAUGUAACCAGAGUUACACCUUCUCCCGUUCACACAACAGAGCACAAUGUAACCAGAGAUGCACCUUCUCCCGUUCACACAACAGAACAAAAUGUAACCAGAGUUACACCUUCUCCCGUUCACACAACAGAGCACAAUUUAACCAGAGUUACACCUUCUCCCGUUCACACAACAGAGCACAAUUUAACCAGAGUUACACCUUCUCCCGUUCACACAACAGAGCACAAUGUAACCAGAGUUACACCUUCUCCCGUUCACACAACAGAGCACAAUGUAACCAGAGAUGCACCUUCUCCCGUUCACACAACAGAACAAAAUGUAACCAGAGUUACACCUUCUCCCGUUCACACAACAGAGCACAAUGUAACCAGAGAUGCACCUUCUCCUGUUCACACAACAGCGCACAAUGUAACGAUAGCCAGCAGCUCUGGAAAACACAACAGUACAGUUACUACGACAGUUAGCUCAUUCACACCAUCUCCUAAUCACACAUCAGUGAAUAAUGUAACUACAGUUUCUAACUACUACAUUACAACUGAGAAUAUAACCACGACUACUGUAUCUCAAAACAAAACUGCCACUGACAGUGUAACCACUGCACCUAUCAGGGAAACACAACAGAACACAACUGCUCCUUUUAAAAACACGACAAUGUCUACAACAUCCACUAAAAACUCAACUGUUGACAGUAUGCCGUCUGUUGUUGACAACAGCACUAAACCCACAGUAGCUCCACUGAACAACCAGACUGUACAUGACACCACAGUGAGAGUGACUGAUAAUAUCACAACAACCAACAAAAAUAACAUCACCGCUGCCACUGGCAUCAAGCUCAACGAAACUGCAGGAAUCAGCUUCAACCUGAGCUCAACUGCAAGCAGUUCAACCGCUGAUUUUGACUUAGCAACCAAAGGACCAGGAGUCAGUUUAACAACUACAGCUAACACUACCCUUGAAUAUAAAGCCACAACUUCUUCCACAACCCCUACAGCUACUACAACUAUCCAUGGCACACUUUUGCCCCAGAUUAACACUACUACUGCAAUGGUUUCCUCUAAUUCUUCUACAACAACUCUCCAAACCACCACCCUUACCAGCACAACCACAACCAUCCCUGAGACAGCUAAAAGCCAAGAUGCCCAGGAGGAAAAGGCAAACGAGCUGCUGAAUCAAACACAGGAUGCAUCUCAGCUCAACUCUUUUCAGGUCGCACAGUUGGUGGGGGAGUUGGAGAAAUUUCUGGAGGGCCCCACUGUCUCCCAGGCAGUGGGACAAAAGGUCAUCAAUGUAAUCAGCAACCUGAUGGGGGCUGACUCAGUGGCACUCUCUGCAUCUGCUAACAGGCUGAUUCAAAUGGUAGAUGCUGUGGGUCUUAAGCUGGUUGUCACAGGUGACGGAGAGAUCGUCUCUUCAGAUUCACUUGUUCUGACAGUGAGGACGGUUGAUGGGACCAACUUUCCAGCAACAUCUGUCGACAUUUUCAACACUGAUAAUGUCCAGCUCCAGACCUUCAGCAGAUCCCGGUCCAAGAGGAUGCCGUCUGCUCUUGGGUCUGUAUUCAUGCCCUCCUCCCUCACCUCGGGUCUCAGUCCUGAGCAGCAGCAGCAGGCCAGCAGGAUCCAGUUCACUUUCUACACCAAAUCUAUCCUCUUCCAGGAUGCAACAUUAGAUAACCAAACCCUUGUAAGUCCAGUCCUGAGCUCUAGUGUGGCCAAUCUGUCAAUAAGCAACCUGUCUGAGAACAUUCAGUUUACCAUCCAAAACAUUAAACCCAUAAAUGCAAACUACGUGGCCUCCUGUGCAUUCUGGGACUUCACUCAGAACGGUGGUGGAGGAGGUUGGAGCUCUGCCGGCUGCUUUGUUGUCAACGUCACAGCGGAAGACACAACCUGCAGCUGCAACCAUCUCACAUCUUUUGCAAUAUUGCUGGAUUUGUCCAGAGAGGGAAUAACUGACCGCCAGCAGGCACAAAUUCUUACUUUCAUCACCUACAUCGGCUGUGGGAUCUCUGCUGUUUUUCUUGCUGUCACUCUACUGACAUAUAUUUUAUUUCAAAAACUGCUCCGGGAUAUCCCUGCCAAGAUUCUGGUUCAGCUCUGCAUGUCCCUUCUUCUCCUCAACCUGGUCUUCUUGCUGGAUGGCUGGCUGGCGCUGUACCCAGCGAUCGGGCUGUGCAUUAGCACUGCCUUUUUCCUGCACUACUUCCUGCUGACAUCAUUCACCUGGGCGGGGCUUGAAGCCCUGCACAUGUACCUGAGCGUCAUCCAGGUGUUCACUCCCUACCUCAGCAGAUACAUGCUCAAGUUCUCACUGAUGGGCUGGGGGAUUCCUCUUAUAGUGGUGAUCAUUGUAAUAUCAGUGGACAAAGACAACUACGGCCUGGUCACGUAUGGAAAAUACACAGACGGCACUUCAGAUGACUUGCAAGUUAUGCUUAAAUUUUAAUAACCUUUUGUAAACACAGCAUUUGAGUUUUGUUAGAUUUGAGUUAGAUUUUUUUUCAACCAGCCAUAACAGAGCAAUCACUAAAAUACUUUUCCAGUAGCCUGGAUGUGUGUUAAUAAGUUUGUUUUUAACGUGUCUGCAAUUAUAUUAGAUUGGUCUUCUUUUAUUUUGGUCAAAGGGUAGAGAAUUGGCCAACAUAGGCCAUACAUCUAAUAAAUGUAUCCAGUACUUCAGGAAAAAAUCCUUUUAAUUAAGAAGAAAUAAAAAAAUAAGGUUUGUCAUCAUAAAAUUAAGAUUUAAAAAAAAAUAUUUUCACAGGAAUACUGACAUUGAAAGAAUAAAUCUAAAACCUUUUUCCCCCUCAUUAUCCCUAUCAUUAAUGUAUUUGUCCACUGGAGGGCGAGAGAGAUAAAAAACUACUGUGCACUACUGGCUUAGUGGCACACCUAAAUAUAACAGAAUCUUCAUGGCCUUUGACUUAAGUGUACAGUUAAAAUAUCCACUGUUCAUUCAUCUUUAAACACAUAUAUCUCAUGCAAAAUAAAUGCAAAUCAGAUGUUGCAACUGCUUAGCAACCACCUUGAAAUGCCUUACAAACCACAUUGAACACCCAAACAACUGGUGACACCCGGCUAACCUACCUGAACACCAAGUAAAGUAGCUUUCAACACCCUAGUAGGCACGCACCCAGACGAUAGCGAGCAGGCAUUACUUUUCUUUUGAAGAUUUUGUUGUUAAAUACAGUCUGAACCUUUCUGUCUUUAUCUAUUCCCCUGUAGCUGUUGGCUGCGUAGUAACGUCGCCUUUUACGUGGGUGUGGUGGCCUACUUCAUCCUGAUUUUCGCUCUGUGCCUGCUGGUCUUCAUCAUGGUUAUGGUCCAGCUGGCCCGGAUCAAGAAGCAGAACCCCCAGAACCAGUCCCCUAACAGGGGAGUAAUGACAGACAUGCGCAGCAUCGCUGGCCUCGUCAUCCUGCUCGGCCUCACCUGGGGUUUCGCCCUGUUCGCCUGGGGACCCCUCUACUUACCCUUUGUUUACCUUUUCACUUUAUUCAACACUCUGCAAGGUUUCCUUGUCUUUGUUUUCCACUGUGCUGUGAAGGAGAAUGUCCGCAGACAGUGGAGAACUUAUCUUUGCUGUGGAAGACUGCGAUUGGCUGAAAACUCAGAAUGGAGUCGGACGGCAACACAGAACAACAAGAAUCCAUCGGGUACCACGGCAGCCACUGCAGAUUUCCUCUUUACCACUCGAAGCUCCUCUGUCAUCAGUGAUCGCACCAACAGCGGCUCUGUGUUUGGGGACAGUGGAAUAUUUGAAGGCUCCAACAGCGACGUCGUCCUCAACGAGAUUCACAGAAGAAAUCUGUCACUGCAAGGAGAGGCCUGACAACCAUGUCAAGCGGUAAUUUGUGAUUACAAUAAUUAUAUGCUCUGAGAGAGCCGAGAGGGCGGUCAGAGAUUGGUGAUCUCCUGCAGCUCCAGUAAACGAAAAAAGAGACUAGAGAUGACAAGAUGAGAUGCUCGUAGGAAAUCCUCAGUGUUAGACAAGAUGAAGGUUUAAAAGGUGUAAUGAAGGACCAAGGAGAAGUUUGACUGAAGUACCUGAGAUCAGUAUGAUUAUGAUCAUUGCUUGAAUGCAACAAGUUGAAAGUGUGACUUGUUACCUUUUCUACACCAUAGUAGAAUAAAUGAACACAGAAAUAAUGUAAGAGACUUGUUAGCAGUAGGAAGUGUAGGUAUGUUCCUGACUGAAAAAUGUAAUAGUUUCACUGUAACAGCUGUGACAGCAUAGCUUGUUUCAAAGCUCGUAGAAGUAGUGCUGUAAACAGUGACGGUAACCUGUAUGACAGGGUUUGGUAUGUUAAAGAUACAAAAUUCAUUUAAUCAGUAGCCUAGAACACUGUAUAGAUUGUUGUGAGGCUAUUUUGCUGUCUUAUGAAAUAUUCCUUUUGUUCCCAAACAUAAAAAAUUAAGAUGUUUCCAUUGUGUUUACAAUACUCCACUGG